UGGGAAAGCAUCGUAUGGCAGAAAUACGUGGACAUGGAUCUGAAUUUAGUAUCUUUGUCAUUUUCAUUUGAUCAAUAGGACACAGUUCUCCCUCCAAAAUAUGGAAGUUUUGUUUUUUUUUCCAACAGUUUCCUACUAAUUCCUGAUUUUCUAUUAGGGAUUUUUUCUUCAUUGUUUAAGUGUUUCAAAUUGCGUCUGCGAGCACUCUGACGGCAUAGACUGAAAACAAUGUCCGACUCACUGCUUUGUACAAACAACAAACUCUAAAGUUGUCUUUAUGGCGUUUCAAAAUGACAGACUCUAACUUGAGGAACGAAAGCAACAAUGGGAUCUAUUUUGCUGAAUCUCUCAACGGAACGGUCUUGGACCAAAUAUCUCCAAACGACAGCACCCCGACCUGCACGAACUUCGCAAUGGACCCACAUGUUGUCGGGGUUGGGGUCUUUCUCUCCGUUUUCAUUUUGGUGGCAAUUGUUGGGAACAUUUUGGUCAUCUUAUCUGUGGUGUGCAACAAACAUUUGCAGACUGUCACAAACUUCUUCAUUGUGAACUUAGCCAUGGCAGACCUGCUGUUGAGCAUUAUCGUGCUGCCUUUCUCUGCCUCUCUGGAGGUGCUGGGAUGCUGGGUGUUUGGCCGGAUUUUCUGCAACAUCUGGGCAGCGGUGGAUGUGCUCUGCUGCACCGCAUCCAUCCUCAGCCUCUGCAUCAUCUCCGUGGACCGGUACAUAGGGGUCAAACACUGCCUGAAAUAUCCCAGUAUUAUGACAGAGAGGAGGGCAGUGGCUAUUUUGAUUCUAGUGUGGGUGUUAUCCACGAUUAUAUCUGUGGGACCGCUCCUGGGAUGGAAGGAACCUCCGCCAGUGGACGAACGCGUCUGCAGAAUCACAGAGGAGCCAGGCUACGCGCUCUUCUCCUCGCUCUUCUCCUUCUACCUCCCGCUUAUGGUCAUUCUCUUCAUGUACUUCAGAGUCUAUGUGGUGGCACGAAGGACUACUAAGAGCCUCGAAGCGGGCGUCAAAAGGGAGAGAGAUAAGUCGAUGGAGGUGGUGCUCCGGAUUCACUGCCGCAGCGUGCUGGAGGACGUGCGCACGCCGAGCGCAAAAAGUAGCAAAAACCACCCGUUUAGAAGUUCGCUCUCUGUGCGGCUGAUGAAGUUCUCCAAAGAGAAAAAGGCUGCUAAAACCCUCGCCAUCGUUGUUGGGAUGUUCAUACUGUGUUGGCUGCCUUUUUUCUUCUUUCUGCCCAUGGGUUCCUUCUUCCCAGCACUGAAGCCAUCUGAAACCGUCUUCAAGGUGAUCUUCUGGCUGGGAUACUUCAACAGCUGCAUCAACCCGGUCAUCUACCCCUGCUCCAGCAAAGAGUUCAAGCGCGCUUUCACCCGGCUCCUCAGGUGCCAGUGCCACAAAAGACAGAGAGUCCUGCGUCGCUUCUAUGACCAGAGGUGGCGGACAGCUGUCAAGGGAAUGACAAGGGAUCAGAGUGGGGACUACAAUGCUGGCUACACUGUGAACGAAACCUUUGGCAGCUCUAUGUUUCAAAAGGGGAAAGGGCGCUCGCUCCGUUUCAAAAGAUGGAGCCUUUUUCCGCCGCUGCAGAAAUCCUCCUUCCAGUUUAAAGAGAAAGUGAACAAUCUGUCAAAUAAAAUCAAAGGGAGUACGGGGAAAAGCAGCACACCUGCAGUGGGUCGGAUUGAUAUAGUAGACACAGUCUCCAUGGGGAUUUACAACUCCUGUGAGCAGAGCACUUAUCAGUUCUAUGAUCUGGCAGACUGCUACGGCCUGAAAGAGACUGACAUUUAGGGAGGCGCAAGAGAAUCUUUUAUUUAUUUUCAAAGGGUCACAUUGGAACAACAUGCAAAAAAAGACUCCGAUAGGGCAUAAUUCUGUCUACACUAAAUGUCUGAGAAUCAAAGUGGAAUAAAAGCCGCAGAUCUAGGAAUGAUGGCUGGAUCCCAACACAAACAAGACAAACUUGAUCUCAAACUGAUACUCCCAUCAUGUUUAUUCAGAUCUAACCUCUGAUGAGCUGCUGACUCAAAAGCAAACAAGGUCUCAGACUUCGUCAGACUACUGUCACUUGAAAGAUUGUGUACGGACAAAACACAGCCAACAACUGACAGAUGUUCACACGUUCUGCAGUUAAAGUCUCAAUUUUUUUUUUUACUUUACACAAGUCGCCAUGUCUUUAAAUCUGACCUAGGGGACUAUUAUUGGAAGAAUGCUGUUAUUUUGAUGUUCAUCUUAUUCUAAACAGAAUAUACAGCUGAAAUAAAACAAAGUAAAGCUAUAACAAAUCAUUUAGGGUCAAAGUUACAUUUUUGAUUUGAUCAAAUAUGAAUUUUCAGAAUUCAAUUUAUUUGUCUGCAAUUUUUUUUCCUGUUUUGACAAGGCAUUGUGUGGAUCAGAGGCAAGCUCAGAAUAAAGAUGCUGCAUAUUAUUUAUUCAAACGGAUUUAUGACUCAACUUGGCAUUGAUAUAUGUUUGUAUGAAUUCAAAUCCAUUAGUCUACCUUUCUGUAACUUUUUGCUCUUAGUGAGUGGUGAUGUGAAAUUAACAUUGUUUUUUUUUGUAUUUUCUGAUGUUUGUUCAUGUCUGACCCAAAAAAAAUAAAAGUGGAGAGAAACAAUGUUGAGCUAAUGAUGAAGUUAACCAGUCACCAUCACUGUGAUUUGAUUCAUGAUU